AUGAAGAUCCUAUACAUUGGUAUCCUCAAAAAUGAGCAGAAGCCUGCUGUCGAGUUAUGCGCCGAGCGCGAUCUCUCUUCCUAUUCACGAUUCACGAGAACGAGUGUUGGAGAGUUCAUGUCUUUGUUCUCGAAGACUGUAGCCGAGCGAACAAAGGCUGGGCAGAGGCAAGACGUUGAGGAGCAGUCAUACACAUUUCACGCAUACGCAAGGUCUGAAGGUGUAGCUGGUAUCAUCAUCAGUGACCAGGAGUACCCGGCGCUUGUUGCACAUCAACUUCUGGGCAAGAUCUUGGAUGAAUUCCUUAGCAAAUUUCCACGAAGCGCCUGGGAGAACAGCAACGGCGAGGUUCCCUUUCCACAACUGAAAGAGUACAUCACGAAAUACCAAGAUCCUGCGCAAGCAGACAGCAUCAUGAAGAUCCAAAAAGAGCUCGACGAGACCAAGAUCGUGCUGCACAAGACAAUCGAGUCGGUACUGGAGCGGGGUGAAAAGAUUGACAGCCUGGUCGCCAAAUCCGAUGGACUCAGUGCUCAGAGCAAGAUGUUUUAUACGCAAGCUAAGAAGCAGAAUAGCUGCUGCACACUCAUGUAAUGCAUCAUGGAGUUUAAAGACUGCAAGACUUGCACAGCAUCGCGGGGCGUUUGGGAGUAUUUUCUGGUUUGAACUGCUCUCAGGGGAUAUCAAUUGUUUUUAAAUGCGAACAUCAGUGCAUAUUUUAUCGAGUGUUUCAAGGCUCGAUCACGCCCGAACGCUUCCCGCCAUGUCCCAGAAUCCUGUCUCCAUCUGGUCGCUGCGUUAGCUUUCUCUUCGUUACGCGUUGGGGCAGUUGUUACCUUGGUUGCAUGCACAAAGAUUUGGACAAGCUCGCUGAUGCGAGUCGGCGAUUGAUGAGCAGCGUGCUUCUCAAUGAUCGCUGACUAAGGUUAGAUUCAGAUUCACUGCGCGAUUUCCCGUCAGGAACUUACCACAGCCCGAUCUCACGGCUUCCGAGUAGUCCUCAGCUACGUAGUUGUCUAUCCAUUUCAAGUAACGAUUUGGUGUCGAUGCGGGUUGGUCUAUCUGG